UGGAUUAACGCGUCAGAGAUAACGCAAACAGGCUAUUCUCAACUCCAGAUGUCAAUGUAUUGGAAGAAAACACUCACCCAUCCAUAAGGAAGUGUACCCAACUAUUUCUAGUUGAAUAAACCGUUCACCGGUGCGCACUGAGAGAGUGCGUGGUUGUGUGUGUCUUUUGUACUUAUAGCCCAAGUUGGUCUGGUUAAAUGGGGAGGCUUAAAGAACCUAGACAUUGACCUAGACGCAACAUAUAGGCAGGCAGGCAGACAGACAGUGAAAGGAGAAAUCAGUCGCUUUGAGAGUCUGAGUGGUCAGAGUUGCGUCGAAGUGCGGCAGAGGGAUAUGGAUUGUGCUUCGGAUGCCGUCGGACAUCAGCGCGCAUCUCUAUCAAGAGGAAGACUCUAAAGCUGUUGCUGCUGGUCGAAUAGAUGACCUGCUCGUAAGGAAACAAGUUCUGGAAAAGAGAAGCUCGGAUGAGGACAGAAAACAACGUUUCUCUCGCUACCUAAAGAAUAUACAAGUUAGGGAUAAAUUGGAUAGAUUGGGGACUUCAAAUUACUUGUUAGUUGUCACUUCAAUGGAGAAAAUGAUUCAAGUCGGAGGGAGAUGUCUGACAAUAUUGAUGAUCUUUUUAGUACUUUUCGUUGGAUUGGUGAUGGGCUUUCCCACCAAACAGCACAAUAAACUGCAUAACGGCGUGUCUUUGGAGGCUCGUGCUCAGUCGCCCGCCAGUGGGGUCCAUCGUGGACCGGAGGCCCUGGAGCAGCAGAACCAGGUCCAGAGCCUCCUCCCCCCUGACAUGGAGCACCGCCACAAGAGGAGGUGGUCUCACUCUCAGCAUCGCUCCGUAGGGGUUCUGCCCCAGCCUGAGCCAGAGGAGGAGAUUAAACCCUUCGUUCUGGACCUCAAGAACUUCCCUGAGCUCGCCAAUGCAGACAUCAGCUCUCAGAACCCCAACAUCCAGGUGACCAUUGAGGUGGUGGAUGACCCUAACAUAGAAGUGGAGAUGGAUCUGGUAACGGACGAGGACUGGAUCCCUCCUUCCUCCCCUUCCACUGUAGACUGGCUGGGCGGUAAGAAGCUGUUCUGGCCCCUGUUCUGGGGCUACACAGAUGCUGACUCCAGUGAGGAUGGAACUGGCCGCUCAGGGCUGGAGGAGACUGAAGAGGAGGAGGACGAUUACCUGUUGGAGUAUGGUAGUGAGGAGCCCCUCCCAAGUGGAGUGGGGGGAGACUGGGACAGUCGCUGGAACGAGGGUUGGGACGCCACUCAUAGCUACUAUGAGGAGGGGACGGAGGAGUGGAGUGCCUGGUCUCUGUGCUCAGUCACCUGUGGUCAUGGAGAGAGGAAGAGGACACGGUCCUGUGGUUACAGCUGCACCCUGACAGAGGCCACCAAAUGUGACAUGGAGCCUUGUCCAGACGCUGUCAACACAGUGGCUGAACCUUUCCCCUUCGAGAUGGAGAACGGCACUGAACCGUUUGGCACAGAUGUGGACACCUGCGAGAAGUGGCUGAACUGUAAGAGCGACUUCCUCCAGAGAUACCUCAACCAGGUCCUUUCAGAACUACCCAGCUGCCCCUGUGCCUACCCCUCGGCCGCCGCCUACACCGUGGUCAGCGCUUUCGACGAGGGACACGACCGGACCUUCCGUUGGCAUGACGCCAGUGGCCCUAAAGAACGCCUGGACAUCUACAAACCCUCUGCGAGGACUUGCAUCCGCUCGGCCCUCUCCAGCGAUGUCACUACGCUCGGCGCCCAGCACUGUUGCUACGACGACCGUGGCUGUCUGAUCACACGGGGCAAGGGUGCAGGAACGCCCAACCUGAUCAGCACGGAUUUCUCCCCGGAGCUCCACUUCAAGGUGGACGUGCUGCCCUGGAUCCUGUGUAAAGGGGACUGGAGCCGCUUCCACGCGGUGCGGCCGCCCAACAACGGCCUGGUCUGCCCGGAGAACCCCCACCUUGACGUGUUCAUGAACGAGCUGGAGGAGGCCCGGGAAUACUGAGAACACACACAGCAGCCAAAACUACACUACCCAGAAUUCACCCGUACAGUGGGGCCCAAUCCUAACUUGAGAAGGGAGCGCGUGUAGGACUGUUUUGCAUAGCUUUUUGCAUUUUGCAUAUAAGAAGGUAUGGCGGUUGCAAGGUUGAGGUGCAAGUUGAUUUCAAGUUAGGAUUUGGCACAUUAAACACCCUGUGACCAGACCCAACAGAACAGAACUGAACUUCAUUGAACUGAACAACAACUAAAAAGACGCAGUCCUGUCAAUGCUUGCCGACGUGUUUCGCAUCCAGCAUGGUACCAAGCUCUCUGUCUCUCUCUCUCUCGCCGUCUGUCCAUGACAUUGUCGUCUAGCCUGUUGGUGGCUUGUUGUAGGUGUUGUGGCUCUGUGUGACUGACGAAAGCAACAUAAACAUCCCAAAUGUACUUCCUGAUUUGAUUUUGCUGUGCGAGAUGUUUGAUACUGUAGUAAGUCUUGUUUUGAAAAGGGGAUUGUGGAAUGUGUCAUGCCCAACACAUGAAUAUAGUCAUAACUAUGCUGCUAUGGGAAGAUGAAGUUAAAUAGGUACUGGAUGGAGAUAUAUGAUUGAACAAACAUGAAUUUGCUGAAAGGUUAUUCUUAAAAAAUAUAAUCUAAAGCUGAGGAGAGAAUUUGGUCUAAAGAAAUAAGUUUACAAGCACGAACAACCACACCAUGCACCUCAUGCUCGUUCCUGAUAACAUGCCAACAGAACAACAUCUUAGAAGCUUGGAGGUGGAGACAGUCUUCUGGACUGAACUUCUCGUCCUCUGUUUCAACAAUGACAGUUUGAGAACCUUCAAUCAUGGAUGUUUCUACAGUUUUCUCAGGGGGACUCAUAUUGUUAGAGAUUAUAGCCCAUACGUACCUCAACAGUGGAGCAGCAUUGGGAACCACUACUUCAGAGUGCACUUCAGAGUGCACUUCGGACUGUACUUCAGAGCGCACAUUAAAGAUGAGAAUGGUACCUGUUACGGGAACGAAAAAGUUGGAUCUACAGUGUAAAUGGAUGAAGAGCGGAUAAAUACAGUAUUAAUUCAGAUAAAGUUAUGAAAUGAUGCUUUGUGCGGUUUUUGGCAAGCCAUUUUUUCUGUCAAUGUAAUUAAAGUUGAAUAGCUGUUCUAUUCCAUUGCGAUAUGUUGCAUUGUUUUUGCAAAGACUUCGUAGGAGUGGGAACUGUUGGCUUGAAGUCUUAACAUUUAUGCUCCAAACCUCUUUCAGGAAUUCAGUUUUUUUUUAUGUGUGCAAACAUGCAUUACAUUUUUAAAUCACAUGUUGUUGUUUUUUAAAGGAAGGCACUUUA